AUAAGCCAGUGUUUACUUCGCUGCUUCCUCGGGCGAGCUCGGAGUUCAGGGAGGUACCGCGGUUUGGCUCUGGACUCCACCGGAGCAGGGCAGGUUCCGCUCCGGCCUGAAGGAAGUUCGUAAGCAGCUGCACCUAGGAGGUGCGAGCUGGGGAGCAGCCGAUCGCGCGCGGCGGCGGCGGGAGCGCCGGGGAGCUGAGCCCGUCGAGGUCGGGCAGCAUGGAGCGUUGCGGAGCUCCGCUGCUGGUUUGUUUUCUCCUCAUGGUGUUGAUCUGGGUCCAUGAAAUUCCAGCAGUAAACUUCACACACGUUACAGCACGGACUCUUUCUCCAUGUUACUCUGCUAAUCUUACACCAACAUCAAACAGGCUAAUCUCUGCUGUAGGCUGCACUGUGGUGUUCUCUCCACCAGGCCUGAAUUUUAGCACUGGGAUUGUACGCUGGGAUUAUAAAAAUGUCUCCUCCACAGUUCUGUCCAUCUUAGUAUAUUUUAAGGACCAAUCAAAAGUUGAUUUGCAUCCUUCAUAUAACGGGAACGUUGAGUUCAGCAAAACCAAUUGGACUCUCCAAAUAAAAUUGCAGUUGGGAGAUGGAGGACUGUACAGAUUUAGAACAAGCUCCCACGAAACUAAUUGGUUCCAGCUCGAGGUUAUUGAGCCCUUGUCUCAGCCAGAGCUCCAGAGCAACUCUUCCUUGGUGGGCUCCACCACCGAAUUUGUCUGUAAGGUGCCAGUAGGAAAAGUUGAUUCCUAUCAGUGGAAGAAGGAUGGCAAGCAUCUCCCUGAAGACAGUCGCUUCCUGCUCUUUCAGAAUGACAGCAUGUUACGUAUACUGAACACAACACUGUCUGACAAUGGGGUGUACACCUGCGAAGUCAGCAAUCAAGUCAGCUGGAAUGAAACCUCCCUGAAACUAGACAUCCAGAAUCCUUCAAAUGUGGUUGUGGGAGUCGUUGUGGUGAUUGUCGUUUUUGUACUAGUUGCUGUUUUAUAUGUUUCAAGGAAACAUCUCAGGUGUCCAACACAGUGUUUCUGUGGAGACUCUGGUGCAACUGGUUGCACAAGGUGUGAGUGUAACGCUGACAGACCCCGGCCGUCGGCAGGCAGGAUCAAAAAUGGGAGUUCUGAAGCUCAGCGUAGGAGCCUCCGCUGCGUGAGCUCUUAGACACUGUUUGUCUGGCGGUCGCUCAAGUGGACCAGGGGGACACGUGGACUGUAAGGAGCAAACAUCACCAUCUUCUGGGACCCCAGAAACCACUGCGGCACUCUUGGACCUUAAUCCUCUUGAUUCUGAAAGGCCUCCUAACCAGGCUUCAGCUGAGUCCUGAACAACACCUGGGUUCCUGCUGUCACACCCUCUCGUGUCCUUUUUCCUUCCCCCACCUUAUUUUGUCACUUUCCUGUCAUUCUCCUUUGGGCCAUCUGUUUAAGAAGAGUUUGGCUUAGCUGGCCAAGACGGCAUUUGUUGCUGUUGUUGCAACACAGCUGUGAGCCCAUGACCAGCAGCAGCUAAAAGAAAUGCCCUCUACAGCCCAGUGCUGGUACACAUUUGCCAAGUCUUGGGGUGCCUAAUGAGGGCAGUGCUUGUUUCUGCAGCAGUAAGAUUGUGAGUAAAGGUUUGUCUGCACAGUUAGACCCAGUAAUUGCCAGCCAGGUUAGCUGAGCCCAGUUGCAAGCCUCCCCACAGCAAAGCCCUACUCAUGUGAUUGUGUCCUCACUGUUUCUGCACUUGUCUGUGCAUGUCUGGGGGCAUAGCCCAUGGUUCUUUGUGCUGAGACGCUCUAGGACUCUUUCCUGAGCAACUGUGUCAAUCGUGGGAGAAGUUGUGUGUCUUUUAGGGGGAGUUGUGGAAAGGCAUUGGAGGACUGCCAGCACUCAAGUGAUUUUAGCCUGGGUCCUCACUGCAAAGUGUGUGGGUUCCAGCCUGAGUGACACAGGAGACUGGGUUCUAAUUAGGGUUGCCAACUUUGGUUGGACAAAUUCCUGGAGAUUUCAUCACAUGACAUAAUCUUUCAAGAAAGAUUAAUCUUUAAUUCCUGGAGACUUCAGGACAACCCUGGAGGGUUGGUACCCCUAGUUCUAAUUCACCCCACCCAGCUAGGUCAGCUAGCAUGGGCUUAAAGUACCUCCAAACCUGGAUCAGAGAUUUUUCUUUGUGGAUGGUAGGGGAUUUGAGCUAAACCCCAUGAAGAGCUCAGGUUUCUGUAAGGCAGGGGUUCUCAAACUGGGGGUCGUGACCCCCUUAGAGGGUCGUGAGGUUAUUAUGCGGGGGGUCACGAGCUGUCAGCCUCCACCCCAAACCCCACUUUGCCUCCAGCAUUUAUAAUAGUGUUAAAUAUUAAAAAAUGUGUUUUUAAUUGAUAAGAGGGGUUGCACUCAGAGGCUUGCUCUAUGAAAGGGGUCAUCAAUACGUAAGUUGGAGAACCACUGCUAUAAAGUGAAGAGAUCCCUAAGGGCAGGUCUGUCCUAUAAACCUUUGAAGAUGCUCUAAACCAAUGGGAGAGAGCUCUCCUGUCAGCUUAGUGAGGGCUGGUCUACGCUACAGAGUUAGGUCAAUGUAGGGCACCGACGUAAGGCACCCACCAAUGUAAGUCGUCCACUACAUUGACUUAACUCCAUCUUCACAAGAGGCAUAGCUCUUUGGUCAGUGUAAUUACGGCAACCCAGUGUCCAUGUAGACAGUGUGUUACUUACAUGGCCUGUUAGCAGCCUGGCGGCUGGCAGUGCCCCACAAUGCCCCACUUAAGUUGGUGGAAGUGCUCCUGGUGAGUGUGCACACUGCCGCCAGGAGGAGCAUAGCGUGGACCUGAAACACUGCUUUAAUUACUGCGGUGGCUGUACGUCGACUUAAUUUUGUAAUGCAGACGUGGCCGUACUCCACCUGCGGGAGAGGCUCUCCCUUCGAUAUAGCGCUGCCUACAUGGGAGUUUAGGUUGGUAUAACUGCGUUGCUCAGGGGUGUGGAUUUUCACCCCCCCCCCCCCCCGAAUGAUGUAGUCAUGCCACAGUAAGCGUGUAGUGUGGACCUGGCCUAAGAAAUCAAGCACAAGGCUGAAGCUGCAUCUUCUCCCUUUGCUCUUCUUUUAUUCCUGUCUUCGUGUGCAUUUUGUUUUGUCUUCAGGAAAACAGGAUCAGACUUUAACAGGAGCAUUCUGAACCACCUCAACGACCUUUUUCUCUUCCCCUAAAGGACAAUCCAUACCACCUUUCAUGCUAUUUAAACAACUGUCAAACAUGGGUUUCUCCCUUGAAAAAGAAUUCUACACAGCUAAAGGAAAUAAGGGAUAGUGUUACAAGGAAAGUGUUAAUUAAUGCUUUUUAUUCCAAAUACUGUUUUUCCUUUUUUCUGUGUCUCUAAGGAAAGGUUAAAGAGCUUCUUAGUGGUGGUAUUCCAAUGAAUGUUUAACAGUCAACAAAGGUUUCAUUAACAUUUUAGCCCUUUUCAACAUACCGCCACAUACUAAAUGAAAAUAUCUCCUCUUGUUUUUAUGUUUCGGAUGGAUCUUGUAUCCUGAUAGGCCAGGUGGUCCAAGUGUUUCUCCCAUCAUGUGACUGGACCCCCAUAAUAAUAAAAACCUCUCUUCCCACUUCUGCUUUCAUUCCCCUGCUCUUUGUAGUUCAUUUCAGCCCUAUUGUAGUAUAUGUUUUCUGGGUCCAAAUCUUCCUUCAUAAUAAUCCAAAGAGCAGAUCUUUGUAUCAUGAAUAUGCUUGUGCAGUGCCAACUUUUGCUAGUUAAUCUUCUACAGUCUGCCAGCCACCACCAGAACAAAGGGCAAUGAAUAACUCUGUUGUUCUACUAAUUGUUACUUGGAGAAUACUAGAAGUUUUGCAGAUUUUUCUGUAGUUGGCAGGAGGUCAGAAGAUAUUCGGAAUGUUUACUUCUGGCUUUUGAAGCUAUAGGAAACUUUCCUUCUGGUAGGUACCAAAUCUGAAACUAUUUUGGCACUAAUUGAUCCAGCCUUGCCUUCAUGGAGAGCAUGAAGUAAAUGCCAACAGGAGUGUAAUGGAACAGAUUGUAUUAUCAAAUGUGCUUCUGCCUUGUGCUGGCCACCUCACCAAGAAGUCCAGCUAUGCACUUUAUGGUCCUUCAAUCAGUUUCACAAUAACCUGCUGUUACUGCUCAGUUCAUGGCCCAACCAUGGCAGUCCUGGUACAGUCAGGGCUUUCUACAGCAUGGAGGGGAAGGGUAGGAUUUGAUCUUUAAAAUGUAUUGGGAAAAGGCACUGCUACCCUAGUGAUAUUUACGGCUAAUUGAACACCUUUCGAAGAAGGAGAAUUUGCAAGAGGAAACCAGUAUAUUCAGUUUGUUGCUUUCUUUUUUCUAUUCGUGAGGAUUGAGAGAGCAGUGAAGGGGUUAGCCGAACAAGUCAGUGUCAGAACUGGGAAUAGAAUGUAGAACUCUGGUUUUCCAACCCCAUGCUUCUGUCUUGUCUCUAGACCCCAGCUCUUUCUCUUGGAAUCUUUUCUUUGUUCUUUAUAGAAAGGAUGGUUUAAAAUAAAAUAGUAACUGAGAAAGAAGUUAUGGGUUUUCAUCUGAAUAUACAUACCACUGGGGUUGUAUCCUCAGUGAAAAUGAAACACUGUGCUAAUAAUUCUACACUACUUUGGGUGCAUUUCUAUCCUAAGGACACCAGCAGCUGGCCUCACAAUGUUUAACUUUGUGCAUAUGUAAAAGUGGGUUGCAUUAAGUAUCUAAGAGGGAGCCAGUGGGAGUCCCAGUGAUAGUUUUAAUCCUCUUGUACUUUUCUGUUACUACAAAUAUCCACAAGCUAAGGUGCUCAGGCACCUGGUGCUGGUAAUUGCAUAGGAUCCUCAGGACUUAUCUCUGUGUUCUUCAAUAGCCCAGGUUCUUGUAGAAUCUCCACCAUACAAGAGAGUAUAUAUUGUUUGCACACUACGUUUGAGGGUUUUACACUGCCACCUGCGGGUUUGUGAACUCUGGCCAUAUCUUCUCAGGUAGGUGGGGUUUUUUUCCUCCUCCGCACCCAAUGAACCUAGUCAAGAUUAACCCUCAGUCCCUACACCUGGUAAAAAGUACAGCCCUUUGUCUCUUCCCCCGUCCCCAGAUUUUACAGUGAGAUGCAGCAUCUGAAUGUAAAAAUACACCUGUUUUUUUCAGUGAAGUCAUGUCCUUUCUUUCAGCACUGAACACAAUUUAAAUGAGUUGCCUUGGGCUUGUGCAUCUUUUAACCACUCCUCCAUUGCUUUCAUGGCUGGCAGCAAUCCGUGAUGAAACACACAUCAUCCAGUACCGUAUCACUGCAUGGGGGACAGCUGCAAGCUGCCAAGAUGUUGGAGUUUAAAAAAAAAAAUCUCAUAAAGAAUGAGGGGUUUAGAAUCAUGGGUAUUGAUCAUUCACUUCUCUGGGGAAAAAAAAUUACAUCACCUGAAUUCCCUUUUCUAUUCCAGGAUUAUUCAUGUUUUCUUCCCCAAGAAGUUCAGUCACAAAUUUAAUUAAUGCAUUUUGUCAAGGUUCCUUCCCCACUCUGAACUCUCGGGUACAGAUAGGGGGUCUUUCAUGCAGGUCCCCACAAGUUUAUUCUUACCAGCUUAGGUUAAAAACUUCCCCAAGGUACAAACUGUUUUACCUGUUGUCCUUGAACCUUUAUGCUGCCACCACCAAAGUGUCUAACAAAAAUAACAGGGGAAGUGCCCACUUGGAAAUGUCUCCCCCCCCUCAAAUAUCCCCCCAAGCAGUUCACCCCCUUUCCUGGGGAAGGCUUGAUAAAAAUCCUCACCAAUUUGCAUAGGUGAACACAGACCCAAACCCUUGGAUCUUAAGAACAAUGAAAAAGCAAUCAGGUUCUUAAAAGAAGAAUUGUAAUUAAAGAAAAGAUAAAAGAAUCACCUCUGUAAAAUCAGGGUGAUAAAUACCUUACAGGGUAAUCAGAUUCAAAACAUAGAGAAUCCUUCUAGGCAAAACCUUAAGUUACAAAAAGAUACAAAAACAGGAAUAUAUAUUCCCUCCAGCACAGCUUAUUUUAUCAGCCAUUUAAGCAAAACAGAAUCUAACGCAUAUCUAACUAGAUUGCUUACUAACUCUUUACAGGAGUUCUGACCUGCAUUCCUGCUCUGGUCCCAGCAAAAGCAUCUCUCAGACAAAGAGAGGACCCUUUGUUUCUCCCCCCACCCUCCAGCUUUGAAAGUAUCUUGUCUCCUCAUUGGUCAUUUUGGUCAGGUGCCAGCAAGGUUAUCCUAGCUUCUUAACCCUUUACAGGUGAAAAGAUUUUUCCUCUGGCCAGGAGGGAUUUAAAGGUGUUUACCCUUCCCUUUAUAUUUAUGACAGCAUUAUUUUUUUAACGAGCAUCAUCAGCAUGGAAGCAUGUCCUCUGGAAUGGUGGCUAAAGCAUGAAGGGGCAUAUGAAUAUUUAGCAUAUCUGGCAUGUAAAUACCUUGCAAUGCCGGCUACAAAAGUGCCAGGCAAAUGCCUGUUCUCAGUUUCAGGUGACACUGUAAAUAAGAAGAAGGCAGCAGUAUCUCCUGUGAAUGUAAGCAAACUUGUUUGUCUUAGGAAUUGGCUAAGAACAAGAAGUAGGACUGAGUAGACCUGUAGGCACUAAAGUUUUACAUUGUUUUGUUUUUCAGUAACAAAAAAAAAUCUACAUUUGUAAAUUGCACUUUCACAAUAAAGAGAUUGCAAGACAGUACUUAUGAGGUGAAUUGAAAAAUACUACUUUUGUUUAUCAUUUUUACAGUGCAAAUACUUCUAAUAAAAAUAAUAUAAAGUGAGCACUGUACACUUUGUAUUCUGAAUUGUAAUAGAAAUCAAUACAUUUGAAAAUGUAGAAAAAAUCCAAAAAUAUUUAAUAAAUUUUCGUUGGUAUUCUAUUGUUUAACAGUGCAAUUAAUCGCUAUUAAUUUUUUAAUCACGAUUAAUUUUUUGAGUUAAUCGUGUGAGUUAACUGUGAUUAAUCGAUAACCCUAGUUAGAAUGGACUGCAAGGGUCAUCCAGCCUAAUCCCCUGCCAAGAUGCAGGAUUUGUUGUGUUUAAACCAUCCCAGAUAGAUGGGUAUCCAGCCUCCCUUUGAAAACCUCCAGUGAAGGAGCUUCCACAACCCCCCUAGAUAUCUGUUCCAUUGUCCUAGUGUUCUUACAGUUAGGAAGUUUUUCCUGAGAUUUGAUCUAAAUCUACGAUGCUGUAGUUUGAUGCAUUGCCUCUUGCCCUGCCCUCUGUGGCAAGAGAGAACAAAUGCUCUCCACCUUUUUUAUGGCAGCCAUUCAAGUAUAUGAACACCGCUAUAAUGUCCUUCCUCCUUAAUCUCCUUUAUUUCCAAACUAAACAUACCCAGGUCCUUCAGUCUUUGCAUUCCAUCCCUUUGUUCAUCUUUGUCAUUUGUCCCGGGACCCUUUCCAGUUUCUCUACAUUCUAUGCAGAGGUGACCCCAACUGGACACAGUAUUCCAGCUGAGGCCUAACCAGCCCUGAGUAGAGUGGGACUAUCACCUCCCGUGACUUGCAUCCUAUGUCUCUGUUAAUGUAACUUAAAAUUGCAUUUGCUUUUUUUGCGACAACAUUGCAUUGCUGCCUCAUGGUGAGGUUGUGAUCCACUAGAACUCUCAGAUCGUUCUCGCUGCCAAGCCAAUUAUCCACCACUCUGUAUUUGUGCGUUAGGGAAGUGUAACACCUUACAUUUGUCUGUUAAUUUCAUUUUAUUGGCUAUAGUCCAGUUCUCCAGUUUAUCAAGGUCCCUCUGAAUUUUAGCUCUAACCUCCAAAGUGUUUGCUUACCCUCCCCCUAGUUUUGUGUCAUUUACAACCUUGAUCAGUAUGCUCUCUAUUCCUAUAUCCAAAUAAUUAAUAAAGAUGAUAAACAACACCGGCCCCUGAAUAGAUCCCUGUGGACCCCACUUGAGAUUUCCCUCCAAUCUGAUAUCAUUUGAUUAAUGGCUACUCUUUUGUUUGUGGUUAUUUAAUCAAUUAUGUAUCCACUUAACAGUAGUUCCACCAGACCUGCAUAUCUCCUGCUAACUUAUCAGAAUGUUAUGUGGGACUGUGUCAAAAACCUGGCUGAAGUCCAGGAAUAUGUCCACUGUAUUCUCCCUAUCCACCAAACCAAUUGCCCUGUCAAAGAAGGGAUCAAGCUGAUUUGGCAUGAUUUGUUCUUAGUAAAGCCAUGCUGGCUGCUAGUGAUCACCCCUUCAUCCUCCAGGUAUUAGCAAAUUGAAUGUUUUACACAUUGCUUUAGUAGCUUCCCAGGCUGACUGGUCUAUGCUUCCCUGGAUCCUCCUUUUUCCCCCUCUUAAAGAUGUCCACUGUGUUAGCCUUUCUCCAGUCUUCCGGGACCUCUCCUCUCAUCCAUGCAUUUGUAAAUAUUAUUGCCAGUGGUUCCGAGAUUUCUUCAGCUAAUUCCUUCAGUACCCGCGGGUGAAUAGUGUCUGGCCCUGCUGAUUUCAAUUCAUUCAAAUUGGUCCGAAGAUCUCUGAUGUGUUCUUUAUUUAUCACUAUCUAAACCUUUUUCCCUUUAUUGUCGGUUGUAACUUUGCGAGGUGUCCAGUCACGUUAUUUUUUGUGGGAAGACUGAAGGAAAGUAAACACUGAGCUGCUCUGCCUUCCUAUCAGUUGUUACAAGCUCAACUUUUCCAUUGAGCAGCGGACUCUCACUCUUCCUGGAGCUACUUAACUUCAUUGCAAAAAAUGUAAUAAAACAAGCCAUGUUCAUUGUGUUGCUACUCGCAAACUCAAAAGGUUCCAGAAUGUUUUAAAUCAACUAAUAAACUAACAAAUUGCCUGCUGUCUUAGUUGGGUUAUAGAUAGAAACUGUAGCCAAAUAUCUCAGCUAGUAUAUUGUAAAUAUACUGUUUCUUCUGUAAAUAAGUUUGGAAAAGUGUUGUAUUAAAACUAUUGACCAUUUUACUAAUCCUCAAAUUAAAUGUUUUAUGAUUGUGAUCUGUGACUGAAAACCCAUGCAACUCUCAAAUAUCAUGAACCUGUGGCAGGUUCCAGGCAGGUUCUGUGCGGAACAUCUAAAGCAAACCUGGUUUAUGAUUAUGUAAUAUAGAAAUGUUUUGUUGUGUUAUAAUUUUUUUGGCUUUAAUUUUAAAAUACUUUGCUGACUGUUCUAUACCCGUACACCCAGUGACAAAGAUGCAAUAUGACCCCAUAAGUCAACAGAAUAUAUUUUAUAAAACUCAGUUUUGAUCUAUAAUGUAAAGGCUGGUAAAUGAAUUAGGUGGCCAUAGGAUUCCAAAUAUGAGUGGGUGUUUGGGAUAAGCUAAUUCCCUAGAGCUUGCGUGGAGUCAUGGGGGCUGAGCUUUGCGUAGCAGCUUUCCAGUACUGAAGUCUUAUGCUGGACUAAGCUAACAGUCAGGCUGAACUAGCUGCAGAACAGGUUAGAGACUGGUUUUAGAUGUAUUAAUAUUUUGCCUCUUUCUCCCCUGACCCACAUUUCCAUGCAUUUUUCUGGCCUCAGACCAGGGAGGGAGCAGGCUGUGUGGGCAGCCCAGGCUAGGAGUGAGUGUGCUGGGGAGAGAGGGGCUGGACAUAUGCACAUUUCCUCUAUCCAUCCUGCAGAUUUGUUCUGAUGCAGCCUGUUCCAUGGACCCAUCCAUGCUGGGGAACUCCCUUUCUCCUUCUGUGCACCCCAUAGAAGUGG